CACAUGUGUAUGAAAUAUGUUAAACACCGAGACAGUUUAACGUAUUUGACAUCAAGUGUUAGCUAACGUGUAAGCGUCAACAUUUUAGCAGCCUAGAACAGUUUCAAAGCUGUGCAGUUAGCAGGAUAAAAAAAAACAAAUAAUGGAAGGGUGUUUGGCAGUCGUGACUCUGCUUAGCUGGAUGGGAGUGGUCACUGCCUCUAACUAUGGACCUGGAAACACAGAUCGGACUAAUUCUGGACAACAAGAAGACACUGUUGACCAUUUGACUCUUAUGUUAAAAACUGAAGGGGCAAAACUUUCUAUGAACAAAGGUGAUGAUGUGUGGAAAAUGUUGCCGAAAAGUACAGAAAUGCAUUCAAAUGACAAUUGGCAAAACAAGGGAACAUUCUCUGGGCCUUCAAGUACAUCGGUAACCAGUAACCACUACCAACUACCACGAGCUACUACUUUCACUAGAAGCCCUACAAAACCGGCGAACUCCUAUAAUAGCGAUGACCCAGCCAUCAUGAAUCAAGCCAUAUUAGCCAGGUUCAAAAAGGAACACGAAGAAAGUAAAAACUAUGGACCAAAAGUGGGUGAAACAGUUGAUUUUUUCGGAAGCGCUCAACAACCAAAUUCUGACUCUUUAACCAAGGGCCAGACCGGAUCAGCUGGUGCUUUUGGUCUUGGAGGCCUUAUUGGAACGAAAAACGAAGAACAGACGCCUUCUCCAUCGGAGCAGUCACAAACAGCUGGUGCAUUUAGUCUUGGAAGCCUUUUCGGACCAAACCAGGGAGAACAGACGCCUACAAAUUAUCCAUCGGAGCAGACCGGAUCAACUGGUUCAUUCAGUCUAGGAAGCCUUGGCGGGUCGAACCAGGGAGAACAGACGCCUACAACUUUUCCACCGGAAAUCGUUGGACCAGCAAAGAAACUCGCUCAAUCCAUUCUUGACGCAGUUGCAAAAGUCAAUGUACAAGACUUAGGUCAGGGUAAUGAAUUGACCAGUAGACUGAUGGAACUAUGCACAGAAAGUAUGGAAAAUGAUAUGGUCACUGUGAAGCAGUUGAAAAAGGCAGAUACAUCGCUCAUCAAGGUGCGCGGGCCGUUGAAACUUCACUUGAAAGGAACAGUAGGAGACUAUUUGAUGAAACACAAUGUUCUUGACAAUUUUGACGACUUGUUUAUGGAAUAUUGGGAAAACAUACGUGAGAAACUGGUCCUGUUGAGGGUUCAACAUGAAAAUUGAUUAUCAUGACAUUUGCAUUAUAUUCUACUCAAGCACUUUUCCAUUUCAUGAAAAUUAUCAUAAAGUUUAAUUCUUACUUCAUGAAUGCCUGAGUGUCUGUAAUGCGAGUGGAGUAGAAUUCAAUAAACAU